AUGAAAAAAAUGUUUACCCCAAAAAACAUCAAACAUUUUGUUUCCACCACUGGUGUUGCCACUUUAUCAAGAAGACCAUGUUUUGUUGCUCUCAGUAACCAUACAACAACUCUCUUUAAUAUAAACAAUAAUUCAUCUUGUUUUGUUAGAGAAUUUUCAACCAAUUCUAGUGGCAAUUACCAACAAGAAGAAGGAAACAAUAAGAAUUUUUACAAUAGUAAAACUCUUGCUCUCGGACUUGUUGGAGGUUUGCUUUCCUCUAUUGCUGCCUAUUAUUAUUUCGAUAAUAAUAGAAAUAAUGUAGAUGAUAAUUUACACACUCUCCUUGCUCAAGCAUUAUCUGCUCAAGAAAAUUCAACCUUCGAAGAACAAGAAAGAACCAAAAAGAAUGUUAAUGCAUUGCUACAACAUAAUACUCCAAUUUAUAGAGUUGUUUUGACAGGAGGACCUUGUGCUGGUAAAUCGAGUGCCAUGACCAAGUUGAGAGAAAGAUUACAAAAUUUGGGAUUUCAAGUUUUUAUUAUUCCAGAAGCAGCUACCUUGUUAAUGACUGGUGGUGCCAAAGUUACUGAUAAUUCUUCUGUUGAAGAUGUUUUAGCUUUUGAAUCUUCUUUAAUUAAAACUCAAAUGGCUAUUGAGGAUAAUUUCCAAGAAAUUGCAAGAGUAAGCAAAAAACCGACUAUUUUACUUUGUGAUAGAGGUACUUUGGAUCCAAAGGCUUACAUGGCUGAUGAUUUAUGGCAAGCAUUGAUGGAUAUGAAUGGUUGGUCAAUUCCAAUGCUUCGUGAUAAGAGAUAUGAUUGUGUAAUCCAUCUUGUUACAACUGCAAUUGGUGCUGAAAAAUUCUACACUUUGGAAAAUAAUACUGUCAGAACUGAAACUAUUGAACAAGCAAGAGAGUUGGAUCAUAGGCUCAGAGCUUCAUACAUUGGCCAUUCUCAAUUGUAUAUUGUUGAUAAUGCUGUGAAUAGUUUUGAUGAAAAAUUGCAAAAAGUGUAUAAUAUUCUUUCUCAUCAAAUUGGUAUUCCAAGAGCUAAAUCAUCUAGAAGAAGAUUCUUGUUAAAACCAAUGGAAAAGGUAGACAUGAAUUUGAGACAUGAAGUUAUUGAUUUGGAACAAAUCUUUAUUCCAACAGGAAACGAAAAGGACGUAACAAGAAUUGUAAAACGUGGUCAAAAUGGCGUCUUUACUUAUUCCUAUCAUUCCACUCAAACUAUUGAAGAUGGUUUGGAAAAGAUUGAAGCUCGUCCAAUCUCUGCCAGAACAUACGUAAAUCUUUCUUCUCAAGCUGACAAGUCUAGAAUGCCAAUUCUUAAAAAGAUUUACAGUUUUGUUUAUAUGAAUCACUACUUUGAACUUAAUCACUACCUCAAUGGCAAGGGUAAGGGUACCACUAUUCUUACAGUGGAAGCAGUUGCAGGACAAGAAGUUUCUAUUCCUCCAUUUUUGGAACCAUACAUUUUGGAAGAAGUUACUGAUAACAACAAGCUCUCUUCUUAUGAAUAUGCUCUUAAGAAUUAA